AUGUCUCUCAAACACCAUCAGAAACUAGUUCGCUCUCCUGUCACCACCACAGAACAAACCACCUCCCCCUAUGAGCCUACCACAAAUGGUGCAACUUACUACCGUCAUGCUCCCUCACUGGUUGAGAUGUCUCCGGACGGUGAGGGCCUGACCGUUUCGGAGAAGAUGCCGGCUGGACGACCUCGCGGAUUCCACUUUCACUUCGACUGGACUCCCGAGAUUCUCAGCGUUAUACUCAGCAUAGCCAGCGUCGCCGCCAUUGCCGCAGUUCUCGCGCUCAUGGACGGCCGAGCACUCAGGGAAUGGCCUCUGCCGAUCCAACCCAACUCCUUGGUAUCUGUAUUCUCUGCACUAACCAAUCUCGCAAUCAUGGGUUCGGUAGCUUCAUGCAUCAGCCAGGUCAAGUGGAUGCACUUCCAACAUGGAGGUCGGGCUAUUGACAUGCAGCUUUUCGAUCAAGCAAGCCGCGGUGCCUUGGGAGCCUCGCAGCUACUGGCACGGCUGGGACUUCGCAAUUCGUUGGCUGUCGCCGGCUGCCUCGUCACCAUUGCCGCCCUCGCGAUUGACCCCAUGACACAGCAGAUCAUCGAAUACCCUCCUAGACCGGUCUCGCUCGGUAGCGGCUCCGCCACGACGGUGAGAGGCCAAGGCAUGGCGUCUGGGCUGUACCCGCAUGGCUUCGCUCAAGGGUUCGAACCGCAAGACGCCCCAGAUUGGCAGGAAGCCAUUCAGGGCCACAUGGGCGCCUUCUAUAUGGGCUUGUUCGGGCAAUCAACCGACCAGCCGUACACCUGCCCGACGGGGAAUUGCACCUAUCCUGUUAUAACAACUCUGGGCGUGUGUAGUUCGUGCGAGGAUGUAUCGUCCAACUCCACUUUCGGUCCAUGUUAUCCGAAUUAUACUGCGAUGGCCGCUCGUUUCGAGAACUGCUACAUCCUGACACCAGGAGGAUUCAACCUCACUAUCAGCAGCAGAAAAAUCUCAGCCUCAAAGAGCUCUUGGACAUUGCUCAGCUCAACAGGAAAAGCAUCCGGCGCGCUGCCUGAUCUAGUGAGAUUUGCUACGUAUACCGGCAACGCAGGAGGGGCAGGGGGCACCUAUCAAGUUCGCGAGUGCUCCCUCAAGUUCUGCGAACGAAGCUUUGCCGGACUUGUGAUCGUCAACGGCACUGCCAAAAACCCCGGUGUCACCUCACGGGACCUGAUGCUGUCCGUUGACGACGAUGCUACACAAAUCGACUACCGCAUCUUCGCUUCCAGCGCCGGGCCUAACCUCAAUUACUGGCUUAGCAACCAAGACAGGACUUUUCUCUCAGGGCAGCUGGAGAAGACCUUCACCGUCUCGAUGCAAUCAGCCUACGGUAGCUCCAACUUCGACACUGUGGCUUCAAUGCUGUGGUCUCAGCGGGAUCACUUGCCGCAGGUACUGAGCAAUACUACAGAUGCCAUGACCCGGUACCUACGGACAUCCAACUCGACGCCGGUGUAUGGAGAGGCAUUUCGCGAAGAGAUCUACGUCCACGUGAGGUGGGCCUGGUUUGGCUAUCCGGCCGGGCUUGCCCUCGUUGCCAUCGCUCUCCAAGUCGCAACCAUUGUCGUCAACAAUGUCAAGGGUGUGAGGGCUUGGAAGUCUUCAAUGCUGCCGCUGAUUUUCCACCCAGUCAAGUUGCGUGAAGUGAGGCCUGAGCGGGCCGAGACGCUGGCAGGAAUGGAAAAGGCAGCACGAGAUAUAAUUCUCAAGGUGGAGGAGUCGACAGGAGGACGAGGACCUUCAUUGAUCCAACUUUAA